AUGAAGAUGCUUCUGCUUGGUAUCUGGAUCCUGCUGGCCUUGAUGUCUUGUCCUGGGACCACAGAAGAGCUGUUUGAAGUGUCUGUGUGGCCACACCAGGCCCUGGUGGAGUUUGGACAGUCCCUGGCUAUCAACUGCAGCACUACCUGCCCAGACCCUGGGCCCAGUGGAAUCGAGACCUCCUUCAAGAAGAGCCAGCUGGGCAAAGGGCCUCAGUGGAAGGAGUUUCUCCUGGAGGAUGUCACGGAGAACUCAGUCCUGCAGUGCUUCUUCUCCUGUGCAGGGGUCCAGAAGGACACAACGCUCCACAUCACCAUCUACCAGCCACCAGAGCAGGUGAUCCUGGACUUGCAGCCCGAGUGGGUGGCCAUGGAUGAAGCUUUCACAGUGAAGUGCCAUGUGCCUAGCGUGGCACCCCUGCAGAACCUCACCCUUACCCUUCUUCAGGAUGACCAAGAACUACACAGAAAGGAUUUCAUGAGUUUAUCUGGGCCAUCCCAAAGAGCUGAGGUCACCGUCAAUGUCAGAGCCCAACGGGAGAGUGACAGGAGUAAUUUCUCCUGCCAUGCAGAACUGGAUCUGAGCCCACAAGGUGGGGAGUUGUUUCAUGGCAGCUCAGUCACCAAGGAACUCCGGAUCUUUGAAUUCUCUCAGAGUCCCCAGAUCGGGGUGUCUUCACUUCUGGAGGUUGGGGUGGCAGAGACCAUGAACUGUGAGGUGGCCAGGGUGUUUCCCGCCCAGGAAGCUGUCUUCAGAAUGUUCUUUGAAGGCCAGGAGCUAAGCCCCUUCUCCUCCUGGAAGGGAGAUGCAGCGUGGGCCAGCGCCACCGUUCGGGCCAUGGAGACCGGUGACCAGGAGCUGACCUGCCUUGUGUCUCUGGGUCCCGUGGAGCAGAAAGUCAGGACACCAGUGCAUGUCUACAGUUUCCCUCCACCAAUCCUGGAGGUAGAAGAUGCUUACCCUCUGGCAGGGACGGAUGUUAAUGUGACCUGCUCAGGUCAUGCGUUAACAUCACCUAGCCCUACUCUUUGGCUUCGGGGAGCCUCAAACCUCUCUGCUCCCGGGGAGCCUGCCUGGCUUCAGUUUACUGCCAGGGAGGAAGAUGAUGGCCGGAAUCUCUCCUGUGAGGCGACUCUGGAGGUGCAGGGCCAGCGGUUGCUCAAAACGACCAAGAUCCAGCUUCAUGUCUUAUACAAGCCUCGGUUAGAGGAAUCCAGAUGCCCCGGCAACCAGAUAUGGGUAGAAGGGAUGGAUCAAAUGCUUGCCUGCAUCCCAGAGGGAAACCCCGCCCCAGCUUUGGUGUGUAUCUGGAAUGGGAUGAUCAUUGACCUUGAUGUACCUCAGAAGGCCACCCAGAACCGCACUGGAACCUACUGCUGCACGGCCACUAACCAGCUCGGCUCUGUCAGCAAAGAUAUUGCUGUCAUUGUCCAAGGACUGCAUGAAGGGAUUGCCCCCUCCACCAUCUUCAUCAUCAUCAUUUUCACCCUUGGCAUGGCUGUGAUCACCAUAGCACUGUACCUGAACUACCAGCCCUGCAAAAGAAACAGGAGGAAACGGGCCUCUAGGCAGAGAGAGCUGAGCAGAGACGAGGCAAGCCAGUUUGCUGACAUAAAGGCAGAAGAGUGUAACUCACAUCACUGCUGACCAGAGACAACUCUGCUUGAGUGACUUCAGCUACCAGCCUUUAACAGGGAGGAAGGAGGAAGAGACAGAUGUGAGGCUACAUUCCCGUCCUGCACUGGCCCCUCACUGGCCCCUCACUGGCCCCUCACUGGCU